UUUUUCUUUAGACAAAUAUGAGUAACACAGAGAGAACUCAAAGUAUGAAAGAAUGGUUCAUCUCUUCCCAAGCUCUUCUUAGCAUGUUAUUAGUGCAAAUAUUUGGAACUGGGAUACAACUUUUAUCAAGGGUCAUCUUGGUUCAGGGCACUUUCAUUUUUGCACUCAAUGCAUAUCGACAAAUUGUUGCUGCUGUUUGUGUCGCCCCCUUUGCACUUUAUUUUGAAAGAGGAGUAGGGCAGAAGUUGAAUUGGAGAGUUUGGUUAUGGCUUUUCUUUAAUGGAUUAGUGGGGAUGACAAUGGCUUUUGGAUUAUUCUAUUAUGGUCUCCGAGACACAUCUGCUACUUAUGCUGUCAACUUUCUCAACUUGGUUCCCAUUUGCACCUUCUUGACUUCUAUCAUAUGCAGAAUGGAGAAUUUGAGUAUUAGAACAUGGGUUGGUAGAGCUAAGGGUAUUGGGGCAAUUUUGUGUGUUGGUGGAGCAUUAGCUACAAGUCUUUACAAAGGGAAGGAAUUUUAUAUUGGUCCUCAUCAUCAUAGUUCCCAUUCUGCAGGGGUUAUUUCUGUUGUAGCACAUAAAACUCAUAUGCUUCGUGGAACUUUCUUUUUGGUUGGAUCAUGUUGCUUUUACACAGCUUGGUUUAUUCUGCAAGUGAAGAUGGUCAAAGUAUUUCCAUUGAGGUAUUGGGGAACAAUGAUAUCAUGCAUUAUGGCAGCAAUUCAGUCAGUAGUAAUAGGCUUAUCCAUAGAUUCCAGUAAAGCUGCUUGGAGAUUAGGGUGGAAUUUACAACUCAUUACUAUACUCUAUUCAGGAGCAUUGGCUACUGCUGCAACAUUUUGUUUACUAUCAUGGGCGAUCACAAUCAAGGGACCUAGUUAUCCUCCAAUGUUCAAUCCACUUUGUCUAGUUUUUGUUGCCAUUUCAGAAGCUUUCAUACUUGGUGAACCACUCAAAGUUGGAACGUUGCUAGGCAUGGUUUUGAUCAUUGUAGGAUUGUACUACUUUUUAUGGGGUAAAAGGAAUGAGAUGCCAUGUUCACCACAAACAAAUGUAGCAGCUGCAGAAUUAUCAACAAUCAUGGUUGAUGAUCCUACUUUGGCUCAAUCAAGAGCUGUUGUAGUACCAAGUUCUUCACCAGAUGAAAUUGUACAUAUUGAAAUUGAUAAAACGGAUAAAAACUGAUUAUUGGUUUUUUCAUCAAGAUCCUGCAUUGUAAGCAGAAAUUAAAUAAAACUUGUAUGAAUGUGUUGCUAUUGUAUUAUCUCAAUCAAAAAAUGGAAGAAAGAAAA